AUGCUGUUUCCCGAGGAGGAUUCCCCACUACUGAAGGCGUGGAUCGUCAAGCGUCUCGAGAAUACGUUGGUCGCACCCUCGAUACUCGCCGCGUCUCCUGGCUACGCUGAUGUGCUUGCUGACUUCGUCCUGGCCCUCUUGCAUCACGAUGACGGGAGCGAAGAUGUCAAGUCAAAGUGCAUGUCUGAGAUGGGCAACUUCCUCACAGAAGAUCCUUCCUCCUUCGUCAAUGACCUCUUCGAGAUAAUACAGUACAGGUCUUAUGUUCCCGGCGCCGCCCCUCCGCCGAAAGCAGUUCCUGCUGCCGCUCCUCCACCAGCUCUGCCCAGCCUUGGAGCCCCGAGUACAGAUCAACCUGUCAUUCCCACUGGCCCCGGCGGUGGAAACGCGCGCAAGCGUGGCUUCCACGACCGAGGCGAUUUCGAUGCGCCGACCGGUCGAGACCAAUUCCCAGGCGGACGACCGUACAAGCAGCCCCGGCGCGGCGGAGGCCGCAGAGGCUACGUCGACCCCGAUCGACCACAGCCGAUGUCCCCGGAUCAAUACCCGUUCCAAAAUACAUCAUCUUCCUUCGCGCAACCGGGCCAAGUGCCCCAGAUGCCCCAGUUCGACCCGAGCAACCCUUUGGAAGCGAUGAGACAGCUGCAACAAAUUAGCCAGCAGAUGGGUUUGUCUAUGCAGCCUUUCGCCGACUACUCUCAGCAACAUUCCGGUUUCCAGCAGAACGCGGCGCCACAGCAGGGGAAAAAGGGACGGUGCUGGGAUUUUGACAGGAAGGGUUUCUGUCCCAGGGGCCUCAAGUGCAAGUUCGACCACAGCACUGGUCCGGAGCCCGUGUACAGCCUGCCCACGCCACAGCUGUCGGGGCAAAUUCAACUACCAGGUGAAGGUUGGUCUGGUUCUCGAUUUCCUAGUACGCCGAUCAAGACCGAAGAGCUCGGGUCUUCGCAUGAUUUCUUUGCCACACCAUUUGGUGUCAAUCCUUUCUUCGUGUCCUUCAACGAUUACUUCAACCCGCCGACUCUGACACAACAAGCAGAAUACGACCCGACCUCCGCGACCAUGUCGCAACCUCAACAACCAGCGCCUUUCCAAGAGGGUCCGGUCUACGAUAGAUCUCAGACGAAGGUCGUGGUGGAGAGCAUACCUGAGGAAAACUUUGAUGAGGAUCAAGUUCGGAAUUUCUUCGCGCAGUUUGGAAAUGUCGAACAAGUCACAAUGAUGGCGUACAAGCGACUGGCGAUCGUUAAAUAUGAUAACUGGGCGUCGGCCAACGCCGCGUACAAAUCGCCGAAGGUAAUAUUCGACAAUCGAUUCGUAAAGGUAUAUUGGUACAAGGAAGAGAAGCACGGUGAUGUCGCAAACGGAGGCAACGGUGCAAACGGUUUCAAGAACGGUCAUUCGGCGAAUAGUGGCAAGCGCGAGGAGUCUGCAGACGUCAAGAUGGAGGAGAUCGACAUGGAGGAAUUCACGCGCAAACAAGAGGAGGCGCAAAAAUUGCAUGAGGAGAAGAUGGCCAAGAUCCGAGAAAUCGAGAAGCAGCGCGAGGAGCUGGAGAAGAAGCAGAAGGAAUUGCAAGCGAAGCAGGCCGCUGAGAAACAACGUCUCCUAGAAAAGCUGGCUGGCUCACGGAAGAACUCUAACGAGGUUGGCACCGGCGGCGGCGACGCAGCUGCAGAAGGAAAAGGCGGCGAGGCAUCGAAGACCGAGGCUCUGAAAGCCACGCUGGAGAAAUUGCGAGGAGAAGCAGCAGCGCUGGGGAUUGACCCGAACGCGCAGCAGGACGACAGCUCUGCGAUCUCGACAUCGUACAUACCGAGCUACGGUCGCGGCGGCAGGGGCGGGUACUACCGUGGCCGCGGCGCAUAUCCCCCACGGGGAUCGUUCCGUGGCGGCGCGCGUGGCGGCAGGGGCAACUUCCACGCUGCCUACGCAGCGUUCUCCCUGGACAACCGGCCCAAGACGGUGGCUAUCUCGGGGUUGGACUUCUCAGCGCCCGAAAAGGAUGAGGCGCUGAGGCGGCACCUUUUCGGUUUCCAGGUCCACGGCGAAGGCGUCGCCGAGAUCCAAACCACCCCGACGGUGACGCAUGUGAGCUUCGGCGACCGCAAGUCGGCUGAGGCGUUUUACAACAGCGUCAAGAACAACAAGAUCCCCGGGAUCAACGACGGCCCCGUCGAGCUCUCGUGGGUGGCCGGCGCCGCGGCGCCGCUGCCCGGCAGCACCACGUCCAAUGUCGACCUCGCUAACGGCGGGGCGGGCGUUGGGCCGACGGACGGCGGCGGGCUUGACUCGGCCAUGGGGGAUGCGGAUGGCGGUGAUGACAAUAACCAACAUCACCACGAUGGCGACGGCAAGGCCGACCAGGAUGGCGCGGCAGGGGAGAACCAGCAGCACGCCCAGCAGCAGCAAGAGCCUGGCGAGGCCAAGGCCGAGGUGGAUUAUGACGUAGCUGGUGAGAACGAGUGGGAUGAAUAG